AUGGGAUCAGUAUUUUACUCAUAAAAAUACUUCCAAAUCUAAAGCCAAAUGAGAUACUUCUCAGCCAGCAGCAAUAACACUCCCUCAAGUGGAAACCACAAAUAAAAUGUCUUCACCAAGCCAUCAAGCUAAACAAACAAUGAAGCCGAUGCAGCUUCAUAGACAAAGCAAUAUGAAUAAUAUGCUGAGCCUUAAGCAAGCGAGUUUGAUGACCUUCAAGAUGCAGAUGUCAAGGAUAAGGACAGUGCUGCCAAAAAUCUCUCUCUUCAACUCAUGAAGUUUGAAACAUCAGAGCAGUGCUUGUAAUUAUAUGAGAACGGGUACCUUAGAGGUGCUCGUGAUGCAAUAUACGGUGAAGAACUCUGUCUAAUCUUUUACUUUGUAAUCAAGAACAUCUAGAAGAUGAUGCCAGAGGAUGGACAUAGACUGCUCACUCAAGACUUGAGAUUCACGACAUUGCUUCAGAUGAUCAUGGGGAGACUCUAGGACUUAGAGUUUGAGUACUUUAUCACAACAGUAUGGGGAUUGGGCAUCGCAGUCUCUGGGUACAAUGCUUAGAUUGAGCCAGAGCAGAAACUAAGAAUCCUCUCUCAUUUGAAUCAGAUAUAGAUCCCAGAGUACGCCUACAACAACAUUCCAACUCUCGCCUUCUCUCUGUCUUGCUUCUUCAACGAAGACAUGAACUAGCUGGCUCAGGAAACCAUUGAGAAGAUUUCUAACACUUACCUGGACAAUAUGCUUGAUAGAAUGGACAUACUUCAGGCUAGCGUAUUGCUGAUGUCAUGGGGUAGGGCAUUUAUUGAUAAUGGAGAAAUGCUUGAUAAAGUGGCUAAUGACAUUAUUAACAAGCAUAAGCAGAAACUAUUUUAUGAGGAUGGAGCUAUCUCUGAGAUUGUCAACAUCAUAAUGGCACUAUCUGAUUUGAGAUACAAAAAUGAGAAAUUAUUUGAAAUCAUGCACGGGUAUGCCUUAAAGCAUCUCGAAAAAUUAAACAUUUACUUCCUAGCGUAAUUAGUCAACUCAACAGCAAUGCUCUUCCCUGAAAAGAUCAAGUACUUCAAUGACUACUCCUCUGAGUUGCAUCAAAGACUUUAGGCAGGCAUCAAUCAAGAAAGUUUUAGAGUUGCUAAACCAGGGCAGACAUAAAUGCUUAUCAAUGAACUAAUUCCAGAUAUCACAACAUACAACAAUCUCUGGCUAUCAAUCACUUGCUUUGGAGUAAAAUAGAAUGUCACAAUGAAGGAGGAUAUCCCCGCUGAUGCCGAUGAAGAGAAAAAGAAGGCUUAUAUGGUUGGUGGACACAUCAGAGUUAUUGCCAAGGAUUUGAUCAAGAUUUUCAACUCUAAUAGAAGAUGGCAAAAUACAGAUUUAAAUAUCACUGAAGCUGCUAACAUAUCGAUUGCGAUAGCUUCAUUGAAGUUGCAAAGCGAUAACUUUAUUGCAGACAUUGCUGAUAUAAUCAAAGCAAACAUCAAAGAAGCAAAUAACUAUGAGCUCAUAAACCUAGCAAAGUCAAGUCAUUACUUCAGGGAAUUUAAGCAUACCAAAGAACUAUACGGUAUAGUGCACGCUGAAUGCGUAACUAGAUACAAUCUUAGAAAGCUUGACGAUGAUGUUAAAUCCUCACUUGAGAGUGUGUUCUCUAGUCAUGGUAUUAUGAAUGAUUCUCCAUUUGUCAAGACAAGAGUUCAACGUUGA